AGCACAGCAGGCUCUUGGCUCCCACAGCGCGGAGAGUGAGUCGCUGAGCCGUGCGCGCCGCCGCCGCCGACUGAGCCACCCAAGGGCGCCUCACUCCGCAUGACCUCUCCGCGUCUCGGAGGUGCUGCUUCGGAGCAAGAGAGGAUUCUUGACUGGCGUCGGUGAUGGUUUCACUGCUCCAAGACCAAGCUAGCAUUACCUUUUCGCCUUCGGAUUCUCUGGACAGCAACCCACGCGGUGACCGGAUGCAGACCCAUGACAAUUCGGGGUCCCCCAUCCAGCAGGAGACCCCGGGCUUCUGCUGCCCGUCGUAUGAUGGCGAGGCCCAGGCCGAGAGGACGCACCUGGAGUCUUCCCCGAGCUCCAGCACCUCCUCCCCGCCCCCUGAACACAUCUACAGGAGGUUCUCCGCCAGCCAAGGUGCCCCAGCUGAGCAGGAAGCCUUCCAGGUCCCUUCCGGCGCCGCCGAGAAGUUCAGGCGCUACAGCUACGAGGAGAGCGCGGUCGGCACCUGCGGCCGGUUCAAGAGCUCUCUCCGCAACACCCCUUUCCACCCGUACAAGAGGCAGUUCCCAGAGGAGACCUUCCCAGAAGCUCAGCAGGCCCUGGCCAUGGACGGACAGCUGUUCAAGGCAGCAAGCAUGGACGGCUUUGAGGAGAUGUGUGGGCCCGCCAUGAGCAGGGAGGCGGAGAUGUAUCUCGCGCACCUUCCCAACCUCUCCUCCGAGCCGGCCUGGUGCAACGGCCUGCAGUAUGGCAACCCUGGGCAGGAGCAUCACCCCCAGGCUAUGGAAACGGAGGUCAAGCUGAAGACCCCACCUCUGGAGGAACAGACCAGCCCCUACUGCUACCAACCUCAGGCCCCACAGAUGUUUUGCCCCUCCCACCCUUACCAUCAGUAUCCUGCGGGGAACAGCUACCCGUUCUCCUACAUCUCCAGCUCGCAGUACCCCUACCAACGAAUCGCCCCCCAGAGCAGCCAAGAGCAUCACCAGCCCCUCUUCCCCAAGCCUAUCUACUCCUAUAGCAUCCUCAUAUUUAUGGCGCUCAAGAACAGCAAAACUGGGAGCCUCCCGGUCAGCGAGAUUUACAAUUUCAUGACGGAACACUUCCCUUAUUUCAAGACAGCUCCGGACGGCUGGAAGAAUUCGGUCCGCCACAACUUAUCCCUGAACAAAUGCUUCGAGAAAGUGGAGAAUAAGUCGGGCAGCUCCUCGAGGAAAGGCUGUUUGUGGGCGCUGAACCCGGCUAAGGUGGACAAGAUGCAGGAGGAGCUGCAGAAGUGGAAGAGGAAAGACCCCAUCGCGGUCCGGAAAAGCAUGGCCAAGCCAGAGGAACUGGACACCCUGAUAGGGGACAAGACAGACAAGAUGAGGUCCACCCUUCUGGCCUGCACCCCGACCAGCGGCUUGGCGAGUCCCCCCAUCUCCCGGGGGCUGCCGCUCCAGCAUCACCCCCUGUACGCCCAGAACGGACACCCGGGCCAAGACUCCCCGCCUGGGGGCGCCCAGGCCCCUCCAGGGCGUGGGAUGAAGAUGCUGGCCGUGGCACGGGGCGCUGUGCAGGAGGUGCCCAUGGCGGAAGGCGACCUCAGCCACGACGUGGACGCCCUGAACCCAUCGCUCACUGACUUCGAGCUCCAAGGAAACCUCUGGGAGGAACUGAAGGACGACAGCCUGGCUAGCGACCCCCUGGUGCUCAUCGCCUCCUCCUCUUCCUCCUCCUCCUCUUCCUCGGCGCCCGGCCCCUGCUUCUCAACUCUGUGCCAGAUGGAUGACGACCACAGCGGCAAGUUCGGUGCACAGGCUGAGGCUCAGCACCACAGCUUGCCCGAGAUCCACCUCACCACCCUCUACUCUGCCUUCAUGGACCUGGAGACGGGGGCGCCUUCCUACCUGAAUAACUCCGGCUCCAAACCGGUGGCUCUGGUCUAGGCCGCCAGGCCAAACGGAGAGUUACGCCCGUGCCAACGUUGGGUGUGGAACCCCAAGCCAAGUCCGCCAUGGACGCCCAGCAAGGAAACAAAACUCAUUGCUUCUGGACCCGGACUGCAGAGAACUGAGGCAUGCCCAAGUGCCGUGGUGCAAAAAUAUAGAUAUGCACAGAACCUUAGAAUUGUAUAGUCGGGGGGGACCCUCAAAGGUCAUCCAGUCCAACCCCCUGCAAUGCAGGAAUUGCAGCUAAAGAACCCCUGACUGUCCCACUUCUGCUGAAAAACCGCCAAGGGAGGAGCGUCCACCACCCCCCCCUCCGAGGGAGUCCUUUUCUCCACUGAACAGCUCUUACGGUUAGAAAGUUAUUCCUGAUGUUUCUCUGGACUCUCCAUUCUUAGCAUUUGAAUCCAUUGAUUUGGGUUCUCCCCUCAGGAGCAGCAGAAAACAAGCCGGUUCCAUCUUUUCAAAACCCAGAUUGCCGUAGGCCCCUGGAUCGGUGAGCCACAGUUAGCCAGAGAUCUGCUAAAACCAUGUCGGCAUCAAAACAGCGUUCCUGGAGAAAACCUGGCCGAGGCUCACAGGGAAGAAGGCAGGCGGCAAGCAGACUCCCGUUCCCCUUUAUUUUCAAAGCCCAUCUCUUUUCAAAUACCCCUCAGCCUGCAACAUUCUGCUCAGCAACCACAAAUCUCAAUGCCCUCUUGGAAGUAGGUUUGGGGGCCUCAAGGAUGUGUGAUGUACAGAGGCUGUGGCAGGAUUAGAAAUAUAUAUAUGUGUGGAUGAAGUCUCUAACUCAGUGGCUCCCAAACAUUUUUGGGCCACCACCACCAUCCUCAGCUCCAUAAAUUCAUCCUUGGUGCCCCGUACCCUAUCCUCCUCCCUUACCAAAAGUUUUAUUCUGAAGACACUACAGAAGACAAUGCAGUCGUGCCUUGGAUCCCGAAUGCCCUAGAACUCGGACCUUUUGGCUCCCAAAUGCCGCAAACCCGGAAGUGAAUGUUCCGGUUUGCAAACGUUCCUUGGGAACCCGAACGUCCCUUCUUUCAUCUAAUCAGAAGCCGCAAUUGGGUUUUGGAAGUUGAACAGGCUUGUGGAACGGAUUCUGUUCGACUUCCAAGAUACAACUGUUAACCCAAUAAAAUUCAAGACAGUCCCAAUUAACUAUGCAUUUAUUCCAAACCAACUGAAGGCCAUUUAGCUUAAUUCAAUAAAAUGGAUCAACGUAGAGUCGUAGAAUUGUAGAGUUGGAAAGGACCCCCAAGGGUCAUCUAGUCCCACCCCCUGCAAUGCAGGAAUCACAGCUCGAUAAUCUGACAGGUGGACAUCCUUCCGAGGUCAUCUGCCCAAGGUCAAGCGUAAGCCUCCUCGAUGUCAAUGUAGCUUAUUUCUGAAGGGGCUCAUCCUUGAUUGCAUGACAGAUCCCCUACAAGAACACGUACACCUUGUUCUUUUCAAUAAAACAGUGAACCUGCUCAUUUUAAAA